ACUGAGCUCGCUCUGGCUUUUUGUUGCAUGCAAUGCGAUGCAUGCGUGUGCUUUGGGCAGUACUACCAGUUCCCUCCAUUUCGAAUUUCAAAUCCCAGCCGGCCGUUCCCCCAACGCUCUCUGCCACUGCAAAGCCCCCCGCCCCGGGCUCCCUCGCACGCGCACGCAGUCGCACACACCUGUCUGUUCUGCCCCUCGACUACCACCACCGCCUGCUGCUUCGCUCUCCUCCUCCGCGAGGCGUUUCUUUUCUUGAGCCUACCUCCUCUCCGGCGGCUGCCGCCGUAGCGCUGUUCUUGGGGUGGAGGAGGGGAUGGGAGGGUCCGGGAAGUGGGUCAAGUCGCUCAUCGGGCUCAAGAAGCCCGACAGGGAGGAUUGCAGCAAGAACAAGCUGCAAGUCCCGUCGGUCCUUGGAGGGGGAGGCAAGGGCCGGAAGUGGAAGCUGUGGAGGAGCUCCUCCGGCGACCACGGCUCCCUGUGGCGCGGCUCCAGAGGCGGCAGCCAGCGGUCCGCGGCGUCCGAGGCCUCCGACGACGCCUCCUCGCUGGCCGCCGCCGCCGCCGACAUGUUCACCGCCGCCCUCGCCACCGUCGCCCGCGCGCCGGCCAAGGACUUCAUGGCCGUCCGGCAGGAGUGGGCCGCCAUCCGCAUCCAGACGGCCUUCCGUGGCUUCCUGGCGCGGCGGGCGCUGCGGGCGCUCAAGGGGCUGGUGCGGCUGCAGGCCAUCGUGCGCGGCCGGCAGGUGCGGAAGCAGGCGGCGGUGACGCUCCGGUGCAUGCAGGCGCUGGUGCGCGUGCAGGCGCGCAUCCGGGCGCGCCGCGUGCGCAUGUCCACCGAGGGCCAGGCCGUGCAGAAGCUCAUCCAGGCUCGCCGCACCAAGCUCGACAUCCUCCGGGAAGCCGAGGAAGGAUGGUGUGACAGCCAGGGAACUCUAGAGGCAGUGAGAGUGAAGCUGCAGAAACGGCAGGAAGGAGCAAUCAAGCGCGAGCGGGCCAUCGCCUACGUGUAUCAAGGCGUAGCGAAAUGCAAUCAACCGAAGGGCAGCAAUGGCCGAUCCAACCAGUCCGGCCUCCUGCUCAAGCACCAGCACUGCGACAAGAACAACGGCAGCUGGAGCUGGCUGGAGAGGUGGAUGGCGGCGAGGCCCUGGGAGAACCGGCUGAUGGAGGAGCACAAUCAAACCAACGCCAGCUCGCCGGACCUCGUGCCGUCCAAGAACUGCGAGGACGCCUUCGGUGUCCUAGGGGACUUCUCCGAACCGAAUUCAGUCAAGGUGAGGAAGAACAACGUGAGCAAAAGGAUCAGCGCGAAGCCGCCGGGCGCGACGCACCCUCAGCGGUUCAAAGCCCAGUCCAUCUCGUCCCUGAGCACCGAGCUGCACAACGAUGAGAGCUCAGCGUCGUCGUCGUCAUGCUUUGCAUCAACACCACUGUCGUUCUCCACCUUGCUCACACCAGAGAAGACCAAUGGCAGCUGCGUCAGGUCAAGGCCGAAUUACAUGAGCUUGACGGAGUCCAUCAAGGCGAAGCGAAAGCCCUGCGGCGCGCAGAGAACGGCGGCGUCGAAGCAGUUGGAUGAUAGGAAAGCCCCGGGCGCCGAGUUGAAGGCCGCCAAGGCGUAAACGCGCGGUGUUCAUGGAACUCCAUGAAAGAGAUGAAGAGCCAAUUUUCUAGCUCUCUCUAGGGUGUUUUUCAGUCAGUGUCUUGGUGCUGCAUUCUUGAGUGUGUGUGUGUGUUGCUGGUGUCUCAUGUUCAACAUCUUGUUGUCAGAUUGGUUGCCCCGUCUCAGGGCAGUCCUCAUUGUCAUUGGCGGUUUUCUUUGUAACAUAGUAGCUCUUCGACUGAGAAAAGAAUUGUGUGGAUUUUGUUCUUUCAACCUGUGAAAAAAGUUACCAGUGUUCUUGGCU